AUGACCGGCGCAACAGGCGCCAUCCUCGGCAUCAAACUCCUCCUCGCCCUCCGCCGCCUCCAAGUCGAAGCCUACCUCAUCCUCAGCCACUGGGCGGAAGAAACGAUCAAAUACGAAACCGACUACACGCCCGCCAACGUCCGCGCCUUGGCCGACCACGUCUACAGCAUCCACGACCUCGGCGCGCCCGUCUCCAGCGGCUUCUUCCACGCCGACGGCAUGAUCGUCAUCCCGUGCAGCAUGAAAACCCUCGCGGGCGUGAAUAUGGGGUACUGCGAGGAUCUGAUCACACGCGCGGCGGAUGUGAUGCUGAAGGAACGGAGGCGGUUGGUGCUUGCGGUGAGGGAGACGCCGUUGAGUGAGAUCCAUCUGAGGAAUAUGUUGGAGGUUACGAGGGCUGGGGCGGUGGUUUGUCCGACUGUGCCGGCGUUUUAUACGAAGCCGGCGUCGAUUGGGGAGGUUGUGGAUCAGAUGGUUGGGAGGAUGUUGGAUUUGUUUGGGGUGGAGACGGGGGAUUUCUCGAGGUGGGAGGGGUUUGAGAGGGCUUGA